CUUUUUAUCCCUUCAGAUCCAGACAUUUAAUGUGGAUGCACCAUGCCAGACUGUGGAAGAUUUAACGAGUGGGGUUGUGAUGGCCCAGGUUCUUCAAAAAAUAGAUCCUGCAUAUUUUGAUGAAAAUUGGCUAAACAGAAUCAAAACCGAAGUGGGAGAUAAUUGGAGGCUAAAGAUAAGUAAUCUAAAGAAAAUUUUAAAAGGAAUCCUGGAUUAUAAUCAUGAGAUUUUAGGGCAGCAAAUUAAUGACUUCACCCUUCCUGAUGUGAACCUUAUUGGAGAGCAUUCUGAUGCUGCAGAGCUUGGAAGGAUGCUUCAACUCAUUUUAGGUUGUGCUGUGAAUUGUGAGCAGAAGCAAGAGUACAUCCAGGCCAUCAUGAUGAUGGAAGAAUCUGUUCAACAUGUUGUCAUGACAGCCAUUCAAGAGUUGAUGAGUAAAGAAUCUCCUGUCUCUGCUGGAAAUGAUGCCUAUGUUGACCUUGAUCGCCAGUUGAAGAAAACUACAGAGGAGCUAAAUGAAGCUUUGUCAGCCAAGGAAGAAAUUGCUCAACGAUGCCAUGAGUUGGAUAUGCAGGUUGCAGCACUGCAAGAGGAGAAAAGCAGUCUGUUGGCAGAGAAUCAGGUAUUAAUGGAAAGACUUAAUCAAUCUGAUUCUAUAGAAGAUCCUAACAGUCCAGCAGGAAGAAGGCAUCUGCAGCUUCAGACUCAGUUAGAACAGCUCCAAGAGGAAACAUUCAGACUAGAAGCAGCCAAAGAUGAUUAUCGAAUACGCUGUGAAGAGUUAGAAAAGGAAAUCUCUGAACUUCGGCAGCAGAAUGAUGAACUAACCACUUUGGCAGAUGAUGCUCAGUCUCUAAAAGAUGAAAUAGAUGUUCUUAGACAUUCUUCUGAUAAAGUGUCUAAACUAGAAGGCCAAGUGGAAUCAUAUAAAAAGAAGCUAGAAGAUCUUGGUGACUUGAGGCGGCAGGUUAAACUCUUAGAAGAGAAGAACACUAUGUAUAUGCAGAACACUGUCAGUCUAGAGGAAGAGUUAAGAAAAGCCAAUGCAGCUCGAAGUCAACUUGAGACAUAUAAGAGACAGGUAGUAGAACUGCAAAAUAGAUUAUCUGAUGAAUCGAAGAAAGCAGAUAAAUUAGAUUUUGAACAUAAACGGCUAAAAGAAAAAGUUGACAGUCUUCAAAAGGAAAAGGAUAGGUUAAGAACAGAAAGGGAUUCUCUGAAGGAAACCAUUGAAGAGCUUCGUUGUGUACAGGCUCAAGAAGGGCAGCUCACAACUCAAGGAUUAAUGCCUCUGGGAAGUCAGGAAUCUUCAGAUAGUCUGGCAGCAGAGAUUGUUACACCUGAAAUCAGGGAGAAACUUAUUCGUCUUCAGCAUGAGAAUAAGAUGUUAAAACUUAACCAAGAGGGUUCAGACAAUGAAAAAAUUGCCUUAUUGCAGAGCCUUUUGGAUGAUGCAAAUCUGCGCAAGAAUGAACUGGAGACAGAGAAUAGGCUGGUGAAUCAAAGACUUCUGGAAGUACAGUCACAAGUUGAAGAAUUGCAAAAAUCUUUACAGGAUACAGGAUCAAAAGCAGAAGAUUCAGUUCUUCUAAAAAAGAAACUUGAAGAACAUCUAGAGAAGCUACACGAAGCCAAUAAUGAAUUGCAGAAAAAGAGAGCCAUUAUUGAAGAUCUCGAACCAAGAUUUAACAACAGCUCCUUAAAAAUUGAAGAAUUACAAGAAGCUUUACGGAAGAAAGAAGAAGAAAUGAAGCAAAUGGAAGAACGCUACAAGAAAUACUUAGAGAAAGCCAAAAGUGUUAUCCGUACUUUAGAUCCUAAACAGAAUCAAGGAGCAGCACCAGAAAUACAAGCUCUUAAAAAUCAACUUCAGGAACGGGACCGAAUGUUCCAUUCAUUAGAGAAAGAAUAUGAGAAAACGAAGAGUCAAAGAGAGAUGGAGGAGAAGUAUAUUGUUAGUGCCUGGUACAAUAUGGGAAUGACUCUGCAUAAAAAGGCGGCUGAAGAUAGACUUGCUAGUACAGGUUCAGGGCAGUCAUUUCUGGCUAGGCAAAGACAAGCAACCAGCACAAGAAGAUCUUACCCGGGCCAUGUUCAACCAGCCACAGCAAGGUAGACAAGUCUUGCCAAUAGAAUAAAACACAUCCUGCGUUCAAAAUAUACUUCUGUUACACAUAACACCAUUUCAGGAAAUUCAGCCAGCUUGUAUUUUGUCUCUAUGUUAUGUUAAUAUUUAGUUGUUUCUCAUUUGAGGACUUUCUCUCUGUAUCUGUAAUGUUUUAGUUUCUUGGUCCUUUAUUUUGUACUCCUUUCAGUUCCUUUUCAUGUGCCAAAAAUUUUUUAAAUGCCCACUUAAAAGUGUUGUAUAAUAAUAUAAUACUUUUCUUUGUAUGAAAACAUCCUUUCCCCAAUGAUGUAGGCUUUGUAAUGAAUUCGAUUUUCUGCCAAUAAUUGAUAUACAGUUUAUAUUCUUUCUUGUGCCUCUGUGUUACCAUGCUUUAUAAGAAUGUCUUUGUUUAAAGGGAAUUAAUCUUUUUAUGAUGUAUUAGUCUGUGUUUUGAAUUGUUUUCCAAAUGCACUUCAAAUAACUUGCAUAUUUACUAUAUAAAAUGAAUGGUUGGCAAGUGCACUUUUUGCAAAGACAUAAUUAAUAAUUACAUUGGCAGAGGUGCUAAUCAGAUCUUUUCUAAGGCACCUGAUAGAAGGGAAAAAUUAGUUUUCACAUUGUUUUAUAGGAAAUUAAAUUUGUUUGAAGAUUUGAAAACUAUUUUUAAAACAUAAAUACAUAGAAUUUUAUUAUUUUCUGCUAUCUUAUUGCUGGCAGAAAUGAAUGCAUUGGUUAGGUUAUUAGGGGGGAAAUUACAGACGAGAAAAAUCAGGCAGUGCAUUAAUUAUUUCUUGCUUUGGAAUAUCACAGUAACAGGAUCAAAAGCUGGCAGUGUGGCUGAUAGUCAUGGUUUCAAUUGUCCUCCACAUCUGUUUUCAUAUAUUUAUAAAUAAUAGGUAGCAUUACCUUUUGGGCAGUUUCCUUGUUGACUCGCACCUCUUUUGUUUUACUAAUUCAUUAAUAUAAACACUUCUAUGUCUCAAUAAUUGCUGAUACGUAACAUCUUAAUAUCAGUCAUUAAAAUAGCAAGUGACUUCUUAUAUGUGAUGUUGUGACAGGUCUCUUACAUUUUUUCUUAAUUCUACCUGUUAGUCCAAGACUUUGCGACUGAAUAGAUUCUCUUAGGUAUUUGGUUGCAUCAAAGUGUUUAGAUUCAUUGAUAGCUUGAUUAUAAACCAUGUUUAUUUACAUUGAUGAAUGGUUGUCAAGUAAUAAUGAUUGUAAAGCACUUUGAGUAUAUAAGGUGCUACGUAACUGUAAAAUAUCAUUUAUUUGAAAAUGAAAUGCCUCUGCCUGACUGCAUAUUGACUAAAGUAUUUGGUCCCAAUUAUAUUUAAGUUCCCUUUCAGCCUUUUUCUCGCACCAUAGGCCAUUUUAUUAAAAGCAAAAAAUUACUGAAAUUAGGUCAAUUUUUUAAUUUGUUUAUUUUUGUUUUUAGAUAGGUUUUCAAAUUAGAGGAUUUUAUUUCAUGUACGUGCUAUUGGGAAGUUCAGGUUUCAUUCAGUUCUGUGUAUUAAAUACAAAUUAGUAACUUUAAAUCAAGCUAAAUGUAAUUGAGAAUUUUCAGAAACUGUAUUCAAAUGUUUGGUUUUAAAUUCUUGCCUCCAUUUUUAUAAGAAAAUCGACCUAAAAAUUAGUAGUGUUUUCCUUUGUCCUCAGAAAUCAUACUUGAAGGUAGUUUUAGAAUAUACAUAGAAAUGACUUCAUGCAUUGUGCUAAUUUUUACAUUAAGUACAGAAAUCUAAGCACAGUGUGAAUGCUUCUGCCUGAUAUGACUGUAAAACAGGAAGAAUUAGUGAUAAUGGAACCACAUGGACAGAGGCAUUGUGGAGUUUCAGAGGACUGAACAGACCUAAUCAACAUAGAAAGUUUUGACAAUAAAAGAUCAAAAUCUACUUGGGAUGGCUCUUAUCCCCAGCCCCUCAUUUUACAAAUCACCUAAGGAUCCAACUGUUUUAAAAUAGAGCAUUAAUAACUUUGGUCAAGUUAAAAUAAUUGGGAAAUUAUACCUGCAGAGUACAUAAAAGAAUCUGUGAACUAUUUAUUGAAAGGAUUGUAUCCCCAUAAAAUAAGAGGUUUUAAUUUUACUUCUCUAUUUACUGCCCCAGUCCUGGUCUCUGACCCACCCACCUACUCAGCUCUAGUUCUCUAAGUGGGUUGGAAAGUUGCCAAGCGUUUAGAAAGAAGUGUUACUUAUUUUUCUUCAUCUGUUGCAGGCUAUUAUUUUGGUACUUUACAUUCAUAACUUUUACUCUCCUUUACUGUACCUUUAAAGUUUAGUAUAUUACUUUCAUUACAUUAAAGAAAUUAUAUUUCUAAACAUUCUGUGAUGUUUAAAAAAAAAAAAAAAAGCAGGAAUAACACUUAGCUGUAACAGCGACAACCCUGGCCAGCUUUGGAUAGGAUUUAUGAAAUUUCUAUUUCUCCUGUAAUGAUUAUAAUUUCUCAGAUUUGUGAUGAUGCACAGUCUAUCUGGAAGGUAAAAGACAUUGGCUGCUUUAUCUAGAGGUGAGCUAUGCUGUGCUUUAUUUUCACAAACUCCUUAGAUACAGUAGCUUCAUGAAGCCACAGUUCACUUAGACAGUGGAGCUAGUCCUGGCCUCGGCAGUGGACCAAGUAUACAGUGUUACUGCGUUAGGUUGAGUUGAUCCAUCCGCCUAGUGUCCGAAUUCUUAUAAACAGAAAGCUUGUUUGCUAUUUUCCUUCUAACCAGGGUAAGAAAAUACGAAGUAAAUAACUAAGGAAUAUUAAAGCAUAACAUUUAUGUUCUGCAGUAUCUACUUAAGAAGUUCAUAAUGGGGAAAAAUCCAGUAAAUAUUGUAGGUUACCACAUCUAAAAAGAGAAUAAUAGUUGUACUUAAAAUAACUUUCAAAUUUUUAAUCAUAUCUUUUUAUAAUUUGUCUAAUUGCUUGUGAAUAACCAAGAAAAAGAAGUCCCUGAAUAAAGGACCCAUGUUUCCAGAAUUGGUCAAGGUUGAAUUAUUUGUAUUAGAUAGCACUAGCCUGGUAAAGCUGGCUUAAUGGCAUACUUAGAUUAUAAUAAGGAAGUAUUGUCUGUAAUUUUAUUGAGGUUUUAUUGUUUAUAUAAUAAAAACUCAAUUGUACAAAAUUAAGCUAAAUAAUAUCUGGAGACAUCAGCCUGUAUAGUUCAUUAGUUUUCACAAAGGCAUGAAAAUUCAUGCUGUCCAAAUAGAUCAGCAAUACGUUGUAAGUGAAAGAUGAGUGAAGUUGAAGAAAAGACAUUUUAUUUAUGCGCUACUUUACUCACAUCUCCUUUUCAGUAACAGUUUUGUCGAUUCUUGUUAACUAAUGAGAUGAAAUAUUUUUUAGUGUCUCUUGCUCUCAGAUAAGCAAUCAUCCUUAAAGAUAAUAACCAUGUUAAAAACUUGAAAAUCUUUAUCCCAAUAUAAGAAUUAUCUUGAAACAAAAAUCUAAAAAUUUUAAAUUAUCUUAACUCUUGGCAUUUAAUCUCCAAUUGUCCAGAUCUCAGACUCCAGGAAUGUUACAGUUUUCCUCAGUUGAAACAUGACAUUUAUCUGAAAAAGCAUCCACAACCCACAGCUAGUAAGUACAGACCUAGCUAGUUCAUAGACACACGGAUCAGAGUAUCUGUGAUCCUACAGUGAAAGGAAGUACCUGGCAUCUUGCUUUUUGCUAAGAGCAAAAUAACAACAUUAAGGCACAGUGCUUUUUGUUGUCUAUCCAUUAAACUAUGGAAGGAUAUUUUGACUUUUUAGCCUUAUGAAGGAACCCUUAAUGAAGGAACCCUUUCCCCAGAAAUGGCUGUAGAGCUGAUGUAGCCUUGUACGUCUUUAACAGUGAAGCCUAUGUGAUAUCCCAAAGUAAGGUGAGUGUACUCAAUAAAAUUAAAACAGGGUAUCAGAAGCUUCGAAAAUUAUUUUAGCAUGUUUUUUAUUUUCCCCUUUUUAUAAGUUUAAAGGGUUUUCCAUUCAAUAAUGAUCAUCUCUUUUCCUACAGUUCCCACUGUCAACUUGGCAGCUUAUUUUGGUAGUUGUACCAGUUUCAUUACAUUUAGAAAGCAUUUUCAGAGCUUAUUCUUUGUAACUGUAGUGACUUUAUAUCAUGAAGUUUUUAUAUGAGGAAGGCUAUUCUCAAUGUAUCUGUCAUCCAGUUUUUUACUUUCUAUAAAGCAUAUUUAAAUAAGAAUUGUUUGUAUGUUCCUUUUAUUGAAAAAUUUGAAAAGGUUUUAUUGUCUUAAUUUCAGCAUAGUAAUUUUAGGGUCUAAAGUUUUGCAGUAAAUAUCAGUCAUUUCUCAGAAGCCCAAAACACUUGAAAUAACUUGUUAAUAACAGCUCAUUUCUACCCGUCCCCAUUCCCUCAAACCACAGAAGCAUUAAUAUUUAGCUCCUUUUUUAUAAAUGAAGGACAGCACAAAUGGAAUGACAUCCAUCUCUUUUAAACCACUGAUUAUGUUCUUGGGAAGUAUGUACUGAUUAUUUUGUUUUUAAACAGUCUUUUAUCAAUCCAAUUUACAUGUAUUAUCUUGAAUAUAAAACCGUAUGAAACUUAACGUUAUCUUUAAAUGCCCUUGGAUUCUCCACAUUGCACUUAAAAUGAUAGAGAAGAGGCAUUAGUUACUGAGAAACUAGAGGCCUGAACCUAGUUAUGGCAAGUAUGUGAGUUUUGGCAGUUGUAGGGGAUCUAUAAAUGUUUCCUAACAAUUAUAUAUCAGCAAUUACAUUAUGUCUCUCUUCAGUAUUUUUCUGCUUUCAAUAUUUUCCAAUAAUAUCCUGUAAGAUAAGUUUGUAUGCUGUAUAUAAGUGAGCAUAGAAAUCUGAGAAAGUAAUAGAAAUGCUAUUAAGGCAAAUCCAUUUCUUAUUGGGAUAAGAAAUAGCCUAGUUAUAAAACACAUCCAGGCAGAUGGAAGUUUUAAUACAAUGAAAACUUAUACUGUCUUAACAAAUGUUCCUAAAGUAAAAGUUCACAUAAAAUUUUCUGACUUUAUUAUGUGAUCAUUCCUUAAAAGAGUGGGCAGAAUAUAAUUUAUUUUCUAAUUAUCAUUCCCUUCAUUGGGCAUUAACUGGGCACACAAUAUUAACUCUGUAUGUUAUCACUGGAGAGGAAAGCAUCUUUUCAUUUUGAAACUGUUAACCCAUUACUAAACCUAAGGUAGUGAUUUAAGUUCAUUGAGAAUACUGUGAUUUGAUGAGAUGAGAAGAAAUCUUUGGGGCUGAAAAUCACUAUUGACUUCCUAACAGUUAUCUAGAUUAGCUGCUUUAUCUAGUUUACAAACCAUAGGCUCAGUUUUAUGUCCCUCUUAAUUAUACAUAGUAGCCUCACAGAAAAUUUUGUUUAAAGUGAAAGCAAGAGUAUAUAUUUUUAAAAAUAUAUUCAAGGAGAGCCCUUAUGUAUCUGAUACAUUAUCACCAGGCUCUGAAUUAGAUGUUUGGAGUGUGAAGACCAAGUCAUCAGAGAAGUUAUCGAUAGCCUCAAAAUUUUAGGCCCCAGGGGCUAUCAGAUAUCCUGAAUUAUAUCUACUCAGAGCUUAAAGGAAAAAUUAAGUGUCAUGGGAAGAACAACCUCAAAGUGAGAAAAAGAAAACUACCAAAGCAUGCUGAGGCUCUAAUAACACAUGGGAGACUUUUGAGCAGGCAUUACCACUUUAGAGAUUUCUAAAUUGGCAAUAGAAAAUAAUUAGUUUAGCAACUAUAUUGUGAAAUUAAGAAAAGGGGCUCAUAUUUAUUCUUGGUGUAUCUGCUAACCUAUAGUCAGUGAUUACUUUAUAUACACUUUAUCAUGUGUUUAUUUUAUGUAUGUCACUAUUAGAAAUGAGUGUCUUAUUAUUUAGUGUUACUUCUAAUCAUUUAUGUGUUAUUUAUACUUCCCUGCAAGAUUCACAGCACUUUACUAAUAUUAGAUAACUAUUUUCCUUCUACCUUUCUGUGGCAUGUUUUAUCUUUUCCACUGGGGUUCUUUUCCUUACUUUGGAGCACUCACUUAGAAAAAUGUCAAAGAUUGCCCAGGUAAAUGGGCUUUGUACUCUUCCUGAAAUUUUUUUAAAGUCAGAUCGGAAGUUCUAAGUCUGGAAGUAUAUUUGAAGCUGGUUUGGGGCUACUAAGCAUGAAUUACAUUUUAUAUUUCACAUUAAUAAGACUCAUAAAUUAAUAACACAUGAAAACAAGUUCUCUCAAAUGCUAACACCCGUGAAACUUUUUGUUUUCUGGAGUCGCAGUGAUAAAAAUGUAAUCAGUCUUCUGGUGAAUCAGAAGAUACUCUUACCUUUGAUUUUCCUGUCUCCUAAAAUACCAGCCUACAGAUGGCUCUUAGCGUUCAUAAUUUCUUCAUCAUUGCAUGUACCCAAAGACAGGGGAAAGAAAGCCAAAUACCAGGAGCUGUGAAGUCAGAAUCUGGUAAGUGGUGGCGGUGAGGUGAUGGGAAAAGGCAGGUCCUGAAGAGGGCAGAAUACUACAGAGAUACUCUUAGUGCUACUAUAACAGAUAUGCUUUAUGAACUUGGUCAUUUUCUUGAGUUCAAACAUAGCAAAGUUUUUGGCUUACUAAGAGGUGUUUUUAGGAGUCAGGACUCUUCUAUGUGUAAGUUGAAUAGAACAGUUUUCAAAUCAUAGUGAAAAAAUACUAAAAUACUUGUUACAUAAGCAUUGACACAUGAUUUACUGCCAAAGAAUAGGAAGAUUUGCUCGUAAGAACUUUCUCUUAGAGUUUUGUAUUAACUGUGUUUUCAGAUGAGAGAAAUGGUUUUAUCGUGUGCAAAGUGUCUGUAGCAUUUCCUUCUGCAGUACCGCCCGUUCUGCCGAUGUGCUUUGCUUAGCAGGCCACCUAGAAAGCAACACUGAAACAGAAGCCUAGACGCUGACCUUUGAGAAGAGAGCUGCUUUUGUGCUUCCAGAGUAAGAAAGUAAACACACACGAGCGCGCGCACACACACACACACACACACACACAGACAACAUACAUUUUGGGUGUCUACUAAUUAGUUGUUGAAUGGAUAGGUCUCCGUCUAAAUUGUCUUUUAUCAUCCAUUGGCUUCUUGUUAAUCUAGAUAAGAGUAGAUUUUAGACCUGCAUCAUCCAAUUAUUAGCUGCUAGCCACAUGUGACAAUUUAAAUUAAAUAAAAUAUUUGGUUCCCCAGUCACCUAGCCACACUAAGUACUUCAGUAGCCACACAUGGGUAGUGUUACCAUACCGGCCGAAACAGAUUUAGAACAUUUUUGUCAUUGCAGAAAAUGCUUUUUGCCAGUGCUGUAAAACCCCAAGGGAAAACAAAGGCAUUCAGUUAAUGUCUGAUAACUCCUAGACUUUACUGCAAUCGUUCAAUAAAGCUAUUUUUCUUAUUAAAAUUAAUAGCCCUUUUUAAACACCUUGGAAGAAUGAAAACCCCAUUCUUUAAAACUACUUUUCAGUAUAUAUAUAUAUUUUUUUCAACUUUAAUUUUAUUGUUGACACUAUUAAACAGACUCUUAGCACUUUACUUUUCAAAUGACAUAAUUGUCAUUUCAUAAAUCAUAACUUAGUAUCUUCAUGUUUUUUUCUUUUUUAUGUAGUGUUUUAACAUUGAUGAUAGUUUCUAACAUGUACCGAGCAGAAACUGAUGAGUGCUUAAUUUAUUUACAAGUAAAAAUUGAUAAAUACAUUCUUCUGUUUUAUUACUUCUGAAUCUAUAUAGAGCUAAUGAAAGUGGCCAACAAUUAUUUUUCAGUCCCUACGAUCAGAUUCGAUUAUUUUCUACCUUAAGGUACAUCAAGAUCCAAAUGAUUUCUUUAGUUUCCUUCAGUGUCUUGCUCUUAAUAACUCAGAUUAUGAAUCAAGUUAAAUUUUAUGUAUAAAGCAAACAUUUUAUUCCAAUGAAUUAGUUAAUGAAACAUUGUUUAGUAUUUAUUAAUUCACUUGGCCUAUGACUAAAGCACGUAACAUAACUAACAGGAUCUAUACAAAUACAUUGGUGAGUUUUUAAUGAAAAUAAGAGACUAAUCAUAAUUCUUUUGAGUUAAGUUUGUACUUAAACUAUCCUGUUAGGAAGUCAUGAUGCUUUCUUCUUCCUUGUACAAAAUUUUUAAUCAAGCAAUGGAACUUGUUCCAGUAGUAUCAAAUUCCAAGCCAAUUAUGAUAAAAUUCUUAUUGUCGUUCAAGUUCAGAUGAGUCUACGAUUUGAGUUUAUUAUUUUCUUGGUGCCUAACUUAAUGUGUUCUACAGAGACUCAUAUUAAGGGAAAUUUUCAAUAUGCUUGAAAUAAGAAAUAGCAUUUUAGUAUAAAUACAGGAAAUAACUGUACACAAUGCCAAUCAAUGAUUUGAGGCCUUCUGAUUUUUUAAUGGUAGCCUUUUCUUUUUUAAUAGCCUUAGUUAUUUAAAAUUCAGAUGCACUACAAUGUCACUGCUGUCACUAACUUUGCUGUUUGCAGGUUAUGUGUAAUUCAGAAUGCGUUGUACUCGGAAGAGUAAUGUCCGGGUUUGUCUUGUUUUGCAAUCUUCAUGUUUUGACAAUUGCCCCACCAUUUAUAACACCCAAGUUUCGGUUGUAUAAUGAAUGGUGAAAGUCAAAGAUAUCUGAUAAUUUGCCUUAUUUAGAUUAAUAAAUUAUAUCAAAGAUUUGGGGAUAGAAAGAGGUUCCCCCCCCCCAAGUACUUUUUGAACUUUUCAGAUGAGCUGGAAAACACCCUAGUACAUUGGAGUUGGAGUUGUAUUGAUUACAGUCCCAGCUCUAAAGCCUUAUACUCAUGUCUUAAGUAUUAUUGAUUGUUCUGUGAGUUGUUCUUAAUUUCAUAUUUGACACUAUAGUUAUCUACCGAAGUUAAGCCUUUACAAAAAGGAGACUGCUAGGUAUGUUCUUAUUUCUGGUUGACUAUUGAAUCAAUCAUUUCACAAUUUCAUUCUUUGUCCAAAAAAUGGAAUCCACAUAGGACUCAAAAUUUCUCACUUUAUAAGUGGAGUCAAUACAAAUUUAGUAACAUUGGCAUACAAGCAUUUCCCCCCAUGUUUACCAACUAUUUACUGUGAGGUAGGUGGAUUUUCUCACUGUUUUUCUGAGGUGAAUGAAUUGGUAGAGAACCUUAGUAAGAAAUUUCUACUAAAGUCACAAAAAUAUAAAGUCCAAGAAACUACCAGAAGACAGAUUUUUAAAUUUUUUUGAAAUCUUAUAUUGAAUUUCCUUUUGAUAUCACUUAUUCAUUUUAAUUUUAUGACUGCCAACUUGUUAUGGUAUUAAUUAUAUGUACAUGUUUAUAUGUAUGCAUAUAAUAUAUGUAUAUGUAUAUGAAGAAUAAAGUUAAGAUUUGGUCAAACUAUAUUUUCCCAUUCGAGUACAAAAAUGUUUCAAGGCUGCAAAAAGUGUACAGUUGUUAAACAAGUUGUAAAUAAAGACUUGUAUAAAAAUUCA